AUGUACUUGGAAGAAAUCAUUUUAGAUGGAUUUAAGAGUUAUGCUAAUCGUACAGUGAUCUCUGGCUUUGACAGCAAAUUCAAUGCGAUUACAGGACUAAAUGGGAGUGGGAAGUCCAAUAUUCUGGAUGCGAUCUGUUUUGUCUUAGGAAUUACCAACUUGUCUCAAGUCCGUGUAAAGAAUCUACAGGAAUUAGUGUACAAACAAGGCCAGGCGGGCAUCACGAAAGCAACAGUAACGUUAGUAUUCAACAACGAGCGCAGUGAUCAGAGCCCUAUUGGAUACGAGCAGUAUGACCGAAUCACAGUGACUCGUCAAGUGGUGAUAGGUGGACGCAACAAAUACUUGAUUCAGGGCCACAACGCCCAAGUGAACCAAGUCCAGAAUCUAUUUCACAGUGUUCAGUUGAAUGUGAAUAACCCCCACUUUCUGAUCAUGCAAGGACACAUUACGAAGGUCCUGAAUAUGAAACCAAAGGAGAUUCUUGGUAUGGUUGAAGAAGCGUGUGGUACUCGGCUGUAUGAGAUGAAGAAGGCUCAAGCCCAGAAAACGAUGGAAAAGAAAGACGUGAAAGUAUCGGAGAUAACGAAGAUUUUGGAGGAAGAUAUCACUCCGACUCUCGAGAAGCUGCGGGCGCAGCGCAGCGCGUAUCUUCAGUGGGCGUCGAACUCCACGGAGAUUGAGCGUUUGCAUCGUCAAGAAACAGCGUUCGAAUACUACUCGGCUCGUCAAACGCUGCACGACGGAGCCGAAGAAAACAGGCUGAUAGCGGAGGAGCUCAACCUGGAGAGCGCGAUAAACCGGUUGAAAGUCGAGGAAAUCGAGCGGAAGGUGAAGGCGAUCCAAUCCAACUCCAAAGCAAGCGCGGACGCGGACGAGUUGAGUGUGAGAGAGGGACGAGCGAGUCAUCUAGAGGUUGGAGCGCGAACGCUCGAAGGAUUUGAUCCGCGAGAACGCGAGCUACAGCAGCGAAAUAACCGCGAUGGACCGGGAGAAGCAGGAGCUUCGGUUGGCGGAGAAUCGGUUCCAGAGCAUGACGCAAAGCGUGGAGGAGGCCGCGACAGAAAGCGAAUCGAGGCGGAGAAUCGCGCGAAGGAAGCGAGCGAAGAGCGUGUGCGGCUCGAAGAGCUCGAAAAGCAGUUGGAACACGCCAAGCAAGGCGAUGUCGGAUCCUCCGGAUCCUCCGGAUCGUCUGGAUCGUCCGGCCGAAGCUUUGGCGACUUGCAACGACGCGUGCAGUUGGAACAAGCGAGCAAGAUCAAACAGCUGCGCCAGCAAUUGGCGGCGUCGGAAGCCGAGCUGGAGCGAAUCAACGCGACAUUGGAUCGAAGUGCUGGCGAGCGAGCGAAGAACGAAGCGGAGCUAACGGCCUGUCGAGAUCGCGUGAACAAGCUGCGUUCAGAGCUGAGCAGCAUCGGGUUGGACAGCGGGGAGUACGAGCACGCGCAGCAAUCGCUUCGAAACGUGGAGGCGGAGCUCGAACAAGUCCGAAGCGCGUGCGAUCGCGCUGAGAGCCAAGUGAGCAGUCUGCGAUUCAGCUACAGCGAUCCCGAGCCGCACUUCGAUCGCUCGCGCGUGAAAGGCCUGGUGGCGGAGCUGAUCGAAGUGCGCGACGAGCGUUUCACCAACGCGAUCGAAGUCUGCGCGGGCGGGAAGCUCUACCAAGUGGUGGUGGACACGGACGAGACGGGCAGCGCGCUGCUGAAGAAAGGCCGCUUGCAGCGGCGCGUGACCAUCAUUCCGCUGAACCGAAUCCGCCACCACACGCUCCCCCCCGCGAAAGUGCUCCAAGCGCAGCGAUUGGCGCCGCAAGGGUCGGUUUCGCUGGCGCUCACGCUGGUGGGGUACAGCGAGAGCGUGCAGGAGGCGAUCGAGUACGUCUUCGGGACCACGCUGGUCUGCGAGACGCUCGACGUGGCGCGGAAAGUGGCGUUCCACCCCGGCGUGCGCGCGCGGACCGUCACGCUGGACGGCGACAUUGUGGAUCCCUCCGGGGUGUUGGAGGGCGGCGCGCGGAGCCGCAGCGUCCCCGUGCUGCAGCUGCUGGCCGAGGCCAACCAGCUGCGCGAUCGGCGCGUGGCGCUGGAGCAGGAGGCCGCGCAGCUUCGAGCGAGCUUCGAGCGGCUGCGCGGGAAGCGGCAGGAAGAGCAGCGCGUGCAGGGCAGACUGGAGCUGGAGCUGCACAACAUGGAGGUGCUGGAGAGAAGCGCGGGAGGCGAAUCGACGCGACUGGAGAGCGAGAAGGCGGCGAGAACGAAGGAGAUUGCGGAGCUGCGAAGCCUGCUGGAGGAAGCGGUGGGCGAAGAAAAGCGCGGCGAAGCGCAUUUGCGAGAUCUGGAGGCGAAGGAGCGGGAAAUGAAAGCGGCGGGCGCGAGUAGCGUGCAGGCGCUGAUGGAAUCGGUGGAGGCGUGUCGCCAGAGCGCGAAGAUGAAGGCGAAAGCGGCGGAAUCCGGAGCGAACGAAGCGGAGGAGCAGCGAUUGGAGGAAGAGGAGCAGCGACGACAGCUGGGGGAGAUGGAAGCGGCGAUCGCUGCGCAGAGAGAAGCGCUGGCGACGCACGCGAAGGUGGUGGAGGCGCUGGAAGCGAAGAUGCGCGCGAUGAAGGAGGAGUACGAUCGCGUGAAGCGCGAAGCGACGGCGAAACGCGAAGAAGCGCACCGGCAAUCGGAGGAAGUGCAGGAGUAUCAGCGCGAAUUGGAGGCGCGGAAUCGCGAGAUGGAGGAGGCGGAAGCGAAGCGAAAGCAAGUGGCCGGGAGGAAGGCGAAGCUGCAGAAGGCGCGCGCGGACGCGGAGAGCCGAAUGCAAAGCCUGCUGAGCCAGUUCGCGUGGCUGAGCAGCGAGGAGAGCGAGUUCGGGAAGGAGGGAACGGACUACGACUUCGCGCGCCUGGACCCGAAGGAGCUGCGCGCGCGCAUCGCGAGUCUGGAGGAGGAGCAGGAACAUUUGGGGCGUCGGCUGAACAAGAAAGUGCUGGGGAUGAUGGAGAAGGCGGAGAGCGAGUACCAAGAACUGCUCAAGAAGCGGCGAAUCAUCGAGAACGACCGCAGCCAGAUUGUGAAGGUGAUCGACGAGCUGGACAUCAAGAAGAAAGAAACGCUCGCCUCGACGUACGCGAAGGUCAAUCGCGACUUCGGCUCGAUCUUCAGCACGCUGCUUCCAGGGGCUUCCGCGCGCCUCGAUCCCCCCGCAGGCGGGACGGUUUUGGACGGGUUGGAGGUCCGCGUGGCCUUCGGAGGGAAGGAGAAAGAGUCGCUGUCGGAGCUGAGCGGCGGGCAGCGAUCGCUGCUGGCGCUGUCGUUAGUGCUGGCGCUGCUGCUGUUCAAACCGGCGCCGAUGUACAUUCUGGACGAAGUGGACGCGGCGCUGGAUCUGAGCCACACGCAGAACAUCGGGAGGAUGCUGAGGAAACACUUCGGACAGAGCCAGUUUAUCGUGGUGAGCCUGAAGGAGGGCAUGUUCACGAAUGCGAAUGUGAUCUUCCGAACCAAAUUCGUGGAUGGAGUGAGCACGGUGACGAGGACGGUGGGGCAGAUUCUUCAGGAUGAGGAGAGAGAGGGAGAGGGAGAGAAGGGGAAGGAGAGUAAGCGGAGACGUGUGUAAUAGGAAUAUAGAUGCAACUGU